UUUGACAUCAGCAUGGAGGCGGUCGGUAGAAAUCAACGUGGAAAUUGGAAGAAGAUAUAACGUUUUAUUCGUGACAGUAUAGAGCCAAUUUUUGCGCCUAACACAAAGAAAUAAGAGAUAGAGAUAAUCAUGAGAGUCGUGGCACUAGUCAGUGGAGGUAAAGAUAGCUGCUACAACAUGAUGCAGUGUGUAGCAGAAGGACACCAGAUAGUCGCUUUGGCAAACCUUCGGCCCCAGGGAAAAGAUGAGCUGGACAGCUACAUGUUCCAGACAGUAGGACAUGAUGCCAUUGACCUGUAUGCAGAAGCCAUGGGCCUCCCCCUGUACAGACGUACUAUCCAGGGGGGGUCCCUGCAGGUGGACAUGGACUACACUCCUACUGAGGCAGAUGAGGUGGAAGAUCUGUUUUUCCUGCUCCAAGAAAUAAAGGGGGACGUUGAGAUUGAAGCUGUCUCAGUCGGAGCCAUUCUGUCUGAUUACCAGAGAGUCAGGGUGGAAAAUAGUAAGAAAUUUGGACUGAACAUCUGUGGGGAGGGAGGGGAGUAUGAGACAUUCACUCUCGACUGUCCACUCUUCAGGAAGAAAAUUAUCAUAGACAGUUCUGAAAAGGUAGUCCACUCAGCAGAUCCUUUUGCACCUGUUGCCUACCUCAAAUUUCCCAAGAUGCAUUUAAAAGACAAAUCCCAGGACACUCCUCAAGAUAUCUCCUCUCGUCUAACUGGUCUGAUAAUAAAGACUGGGGACAUCAUGGUACAACAGGCCAUCAAUGCAGUUAAGUUACAUGUUGACAUUACAAAAAGAAACCAGCAAGAAACCAGCCAUACAAGACUAAAACCUUCCACAAACAAAGGUGUCCCCACACAGGACAUAGUUGUUAUGAAGAAGACACAUGGUGCCUAUACCUGGCUGUCUGUAGCUCUAUACAAGCCGGAGGACUCAAACAACAAGAGAACUAUAGAGGACACAGCACAGGUUGCUAUGGACACAAUUAAAGACACACUGGAAGGAAGUGGACUAUGUAUGGCUGACAUUGUGCAUGUACAAUUAUAUGUGGCCGACAUGGCAGACUUUGGCAAAAUCAACUCAAGAUAUAAACAAUAUUUUUCCAUCAACCCACCCUCCAGGGUUUGUGUGAAGGGAGCAUUCCAUACAUCAGGAAAACUGGUACAGUUGGACUGCUGUGUAUGGAGACUGCAGACAGGAGCAGGGGAGAGGAGAACCAUGCAUGUCCAGGGCCUGUCCCACUGGGCUCCUGCUAACAUUGGGCCAUACAGCCAAGUUACACAGGUUGCUCAGACAUUGUUCCUGGCUGGUCAGAUCCCCCUGUGUCCCAGUACCAUGCUCUUAGUGGAAGGUGGCAUCAUUCCUCAGACAAGGCUGUCUCUGAGCCAUGUUCAGAGGGUCCUGUCUGCCAUGUGUGCUGGUGCCAGCCUUAUGAACAGCAGACUUGUCAUCUGUUAUGUGACUGACAUCAGUUAUGUGCAGAUAGCAAAGGGUGCUUGGAUGCAGAACACUCAGGUAAUGGAUAAUAUCCAGCAGGACGAAGGCCUGAGGAGUGGUCUGGAGACUUACGUGGUUGUUCCUGCCCUCCCCCGCGGGGCACUGGUGGAGUGGCACGUCACAGCUACAGCUGAUCCUGCUGGCUGGGACGUGGAGAGAAUCUGGAGGUCUGCUGGUGGUGCAGAGGUGACCUUGGACUGCUGUUACUCCACAGACAGCCGGACUGCUGCUGUGAAGAUCAGCGUAGGUAAACCCAGCACAUCCCAGGAGUGCACGAGUCUAGAAGAGGUAAUCUCCACACUGGUACAUGAGCUGUCUGAUCUGCUGUCUGUCUGUGGAUUGGAGCUGCAGGAUGUGUUGGUUGUUAGGAUUUUCUACCUCCCAGAAGUGGCAGAGGAACAACAGUUGCAGACAGUUAUGGAAGGUGGACUAAACCAGGAUGGAAGAGGUGCCCCAGCACUUGCAUUUGUCCCUGUGAGUGCCUUGGAGCCUGGCCAGAUCCUGACAGCUUGUUGUUGGGUGCAGAGACCACUGGAACAUUGGGCAAGAGAAACUUGAAGGCUAGGAUGUCAUCUUCUCUUCUGUUCUAACAAGUCAACAUGUUGUUACGUUCUUAUGUGAUUUUUAAUGGAACAGACGUAUGUAGUGGAGAGAUGGUCAAUUCCUCCAUUGAUGAGGAAAGAACACAAGUUUGAUCAUCUGCUUCCCAUUUUUUUACUUAUCUUUCCUACUCACCAUAUUAACAAGCCCUUGUGGAUUGUGCAUUCAUCGUGAUAGUUAAGCAUGGUUUUUGUGGAGAGAACAGUUUGUGACACGAAAGAUAGUCGUGGUCAAAAGGGUGAGAAACAAAAUUAAUUAAAAGAGCUUCAACUGUUGAAACUUUGAAAGAUUACUAUCAAACAAAUUACAGUCUAUAGUAUGCACUCUACAUGUAUUGUGAGUCUCAAACAUAUGUUAAUAUUUUCAGGUUUUUUAUCCAUUUGAAAGCAUUUACUACAAAGACAUCAAAAGCUUCAGCCUCCAGUUUGAUUUGAUUGAACAUUAAAUCAAAUGUACAUCUGAUUCAUAUUUUGUAUGUGACCAUAAGCAAGUCUGCCUUUAAUUUGCAACCAGUACAUGGUAGGUCUAUUUGUGACACAAACUGCCAAAUAAAUGCACACAGACAAUUAAAGAACCCUGACCAUAAUAUUAUGGAGAUUUAUCCAGGUUUUAUAUGUCCUGUGGGUUGUCAGUUCAUAAAUUUGAUAUCAUGGCAAUAAGUAAAGGACAUAGUGGGCUUUGUUACUUUCAUCCUGAAAGGGUCUACAUAUUUAUCUCAAGUAAACUCAAACAUCACACUUUCAAAAGGACAUCCACUCCCAAGUUUAUUUCAAAUAAUUUACACAGAAGACAGUAAAAACUAGCAAGAACUGACAAGUAUCUGACAAGUAUGCAGUACAUGUAGGUAGCUAUUACAGCUAAACUGACUGCAGAAGCAAGUGAUAUUCUGCCAGUAGAAAGCGCAAGGUUAAUUUCUGUAGUCACUUUUCACAAAUCAAAUUUGCUUGUAGUAUGGUGACGUACUAGCACAGGUCUCUUCAGACUUUUAUAGCUCACUACUGCACUCAGUUUUCACAGCAUUUGGUACAAUAUUAGACACAGCAUAGAGCCUGUAUAGGUCCCCUUUCCACAGAAAGGAGACCCAAGGCUAUGGACAUGGCGAACAGCCUAUGUUGGUGACUACAAACCCUGAGGUAGAAUCAGCCCAAACAUCCCUGAGUGGGACCCUUGGACGGAUGGCUCUCCUAUUUUUUUUACAACUACCCAGUUCCACCUUAACAUCAUUCCACAGACCACUCCUUGUUUCUGCAAUUAUUAUCUAAACAAUAAAGUCUGCUGUGUUUCUUUUUU